AUGACAAGCGACGAAGCGAUCAAGAUGUAUGAAGACAACCAAGGAUCAAUCGCUCUCGCCAAGAACCCGGAGUUCCAUAAGAGAACAAAACACAUCGACAUACGCUACCAUUUUGUGCGUGAGAAGGUGGAAUCAGGUGAAGUCGUUUUGGAGUAUUGCCCGACUCAAGAUAUGCUGGCAGACAUGAUGACCAAGCCGAUCGCCGCUGUACAAUUUGAAAACAUUCGCGAUCGACUUGGGAUCCAAGGUGCCGCAGCUAACGAGUCGAGAGGGAGUGUUGAAAAGACAGCGGCUGUGAAGAAUGUUGAAAAGACAGCGGCUGUGAAGAAGACACCUCGUCAAGCUGCGUCAAGUGUUGAAGCAAGUGGAAGACCAAGCUUCGCUAUACCGGUGGGUACCGGUAUGUACCAGUAA